AUGUCGCGCUUUGGAGCCAAAAAGGGCAAUCGCGCGCCCGGCGCUGAAUUCACUUGGGACACGGACCCUGGGGGUGUGCCGGACACUGCUCCUACUCCAUUAUAUCCAGCAUAUGUUGUCCCAUUUGCGCGCAAGCUCUCUGAAAAAGAGCAGAGCGAGGUGAACUAUUACCGACACCUCCGCGAACGAUUCCACGAGGGACCAUACUACUCUGUUCUCGAUACCUCUUCCUCCUCGGCCAAAAAGGGUAGUGCUGCGCGCGCCAACUUCGAUGCCUUCCACGGCAUGCCCUCUUAUUCCGGUCGAUACCAGAAGAAGAGAAGAACACUUCCUAAGGUCGCAAAUAUUGGUCGCGAAUAUGAAACACGAUACUUCCCUCGCGAGCUCUGGCAGACCAUCAUGCCCAACUUCCGCCCCAACGCAUCCAUCGAUGGUUACCACAUGCAAAAUGCUGCUAUCGGUAUCAAGCGUGGCUUUGAAGAUGACGAGGACGAGGAGGAUGAGGCCGCAAAGCGUCGCGCCACUGGGGGGGAUGAAGAUGACGGAGAGGGAGAUGUUGACGAGGGCGAAUUGCUAGAAGGCGAUGAAGAGGCCGAAGAAGAGAUUGUGGAUGAUGACUUUGAAGAUGAUGAGGAUGAUAUGGGUGGUGAUUACAACGCAGAACAAUACUUCGACGGCGGUGACGACGAAUUCGGCGAUGAUGGCUUCGGUGAUGGUGGAGGCGGCGGUGAUGAGGAUACCUACUGA